AUGGACGAUAGCAGCCAGGUUGGCUUGCCUCCUGCCCCUCCUAAACCUUCGUUCGCCAAUCGGAUAAAAAUCAAACUCGAGUACAAUGACUUGAAAUCCCAGUUUUAUCAGGUCACUAAUCUAAAAGAAUCUCUGUUUCAUGAUCUUUCCGAAAAACAAGCCAAGGAAUUCAAGUUAAGGAUGGAGUGCGACUUGAUUUUAGAUCAAAUCGAGCUGAUUCGGUCACGAAUACCAAUAAAGGAAGGAUUCGAGCCAGAAGAAGAGACGGACGCUGAACUAAAGCGACUGCGGAAGUACCAAGAAAACACGAACGGGUUCAUGUAUGAAUCCGACGAGGGAUUGAUGCAAGGCACAGGAAUCAAGAGGGCAGAUUCGGCCUCUCCUUCGUCGUCGUCGGAGCAGGGGACUGUCCAACGCCACGACUUCGCCCCCCACUCACACUAUCAAGCUGAGCCUCAGAACCGCCCCGAUCAGGAUCCGAACGAAGAGGCCGAGGACGCAGAGGGCGAGCAGGAUGACGAAGAGAUGGAAGAUGCACUCGGCGAAGAAGACCAUCUCGGCUCCGAACACGACCCCACUGAUCAGCAGGCCUCUCUGCAUCCUUCUUAUUCUCUCAAUCCCGCUCCUCCUCAUCCCUCUUUUCCCGAUAAUCAUGCCGCUUAA